GAUGACGUUCGCCGUUAUGAUGCCCUUAGAAUGCGAGAAUACAUGCAUUCUACACUUAUUCAUGCGUUCAACUUCGAAUUUCAGCUCCAUCGUGAUGUUUGUCGAUAUGUUGGUGAUUCUUAUAUGCUCGAGUUUGGUGAGGAGUUAGCGGUGCGAGGGGUGGAUGUGAUACAUCAAUGGAAGGAAUUAGUCACUGUUAUGCAGCCGCAACCAUCUCCACAUAUUCCUCUGUGGGCCAGUCAUGCCUUCAACUUCAUUCACUUUCUCACAGAUCCCAAGUUCACAGAAUAUCUUUCAGAUAAUGAAUUCCAUCAACUCAAGCAGGAUGCAGAAGAAUGCAAGCGAUUGAUUCUUGGAGACAAAGAUGUCAUCACGAUUACUGUCCCCAGAAGUCGCGCUUCUACUCUCAGUUCCAGUUCUCCGAGAACUUCCGAUAGUGUCACAUCGAAGAUGAAGAAAGUGGCUUUGAUCUCAAGACGAGCUAAGCUCGAAGCGGCAGCGUUGGAAACUGAUAAAAUGAUUGCAAAACGGACUCCUUACAAACUUGGUCGCGUUAUUGCUAUCAAACAUGAUCAAUUCAAUCUGGAGAACUACGCGGAUCCAUCAAAGACUGCUCCAUUUAGAUAUCAGAUUCUAGAGAAAUUGGGUGAGAAGCUUGAGUAG